AUGGAUACCUUGAAGAGGCAUCCUCGAUUCUCUGCAUAUGAGGGGCUAUAUGAAUUUGAGAAAAUAGCUGAGAGGUUUGAAGAAAAGAUUUAUGCUGCAGCAACAAGUCAGGCUGAUUAUUUGCGCAAGAUAGCCUUGAAGAUGUUACCCAUGGAGACUCAAUCACAAAAUACUAUGCCUGAGUCAAACUCUGUUGCUAAUAGUGUAAACCUCUCAAAAGGCUCUCAGGUGAUGCAGCAACUGAACAUCCAAGGGCAAUCGCCUCCUAUUCGCGUCCCAUUUAAUCAUCAUCAACAUCAAGGACAACAACUUUUAACACAUACUGGGAUGCAAGCAAUUUAUGACUCAUCUAUGGAAUCUAGUGAUUGGAGGGGCUCAGCUGCAAGCAGAUUCACGACAAAGGAUCGUAAACAAAAUGUAGGCAUGUUCCGGUUUCUGGAGAUGAGGGGCUACAGGAACUUAAGAAAAAAAGCUGAGAUGUUUGAAGACAAUAUAUGUACAGCUGCAACAUGCCAGUCUGACUAUUUGCGAAAGAUAUCCUUGAAGAUGUUGACUAUGGAAACUAGAUCACAAAAUCCUAUGAAAUCAAACUAA